AUGUCCCAAGGAACCGGUCGUCGGUCAUUCGCGGGAAGCGCCUCGCCUUUAUCUCCCGCCUUCCCUCCAUCUGCCAACCCUUCGUCCCAUCUGAACAACCACAAGAACCGGAAUGCCCGCCACACCCGCACCACUUCCUGGACAACCGGUCACGACAAGAACGCCGAUUCCACCCAGCGCCGUCGUCGCGAGUCCAACGUCUCCCUCGACGACGUCUCCGAGGGCUCCUCCAACCAUUCCUCGGAGCACGACCCCGCCACCGCCGGCAUGGCUCUCAGAAACACCUCCCUAGACUACUCCGGUCACGUCCGCAGUCGCUCGCAAAGCCAACCGCAAUCCGCCCUCCUAACACCAUCAGAGCCCCUCGCCGGUGCGCCGGCAGGAGCGGCGCCCACGCCCCGGCCCGGCCCGGUGACAUGGAUGUCCCUGCCGCAGAAGAAACAAUUGGCGUUGCUGGGACUGUGUCGCGUCUUCGAUUUCCUGCAGAUCGCCUCCCUGCAGGCCUACAUGUUCUACCAACUCAAGUCGUUCGACGAGAACCUGUCCGACUCCGACGUGUCGACGCAGGCGGGUAUCCUGCAGGGCGCGUUCACCGCGGCGCAGUUCGCAACCGCCAUCCCCUGGGGUCGCGUGGCCGAUGCCGAGUGGGGAGGUCGCAAGUUCGUCCUGCUGGUCGGGCUACUGGGUACGGCGGCCUCGUGUCUCGGGGUUGCUUUUUCGACGUCAUUCGCGCAGGCCGUGUUUUGGCGUUCGUUUGGUGGUGCAAUUAACGGUACCGUGGGUAUCAUUCGGACCAUGAUUGCGGAGAAUGUGAAGGAGAAGAAGUACCAUUCGCGCGCGUUCUUGAUCUUGCCGAUUGGGUUUAAUAUUGCCUCGUUAUUUGGGCCCGUUAUGGGCGGUAUGCUGGCCGAUCCGGUCAGGAGUUAUCCGCGCUUGUUUGGUCCGGACUCUUCGUUUGGCGGCCAGACGGGUGUCCAGUGGCUGAUCACGUAUCCGUAUGCGUUGCCCAUGUUGGCCAAUGCUAUCUUUCUUUCUUUCGCUGCGGUCUGCGUGGCCAUGGGUUUAGAAGAGACUCUGGACGCAUGCAAGGGAAAACCUGGUUUGGGUGUUUUCACUAUGAGGAUCUUCUCCCGCGGCGUGAAAUCCGUCGUCCCGUCGUCCUCCGGAAUCUACCAGCGACUGCCCUUCGCCGACUACGACGAGGACGGCCCUCUUCUACAUCGGUCUCGCGACCCGACGGAAGGCUACGAACUGGAAGAGAAGGCAGCCAAGCCUGCGCGACACGCUCACACCUUGCCUUUCCGCCAAUUGUGGACUAAGAAUGUGUUGUGUACGCUACUGGCGCAGGCCUUUUUCGAUUUCCAGAUGGGCGCCUUCAACAACCUCUGGCUGCUCUUCCUCUCUACUCCCCGCUACGACUCCAACGACCCCGCCAGCCCCCAGCAGAAGCUCCCCUUCAUCUUCACCGGCGGUCUCGGCAUGCUCCCUCAAAGCGUCGGCUUCGCCACCGCCAUCCUCGGCAUCAUCGGCAUGCUCCUCCAAUUCACCAUCUACCCAGCCAUCAACAACCGCCUCGGCACCGCCAAAAGUUACCAAUACUUCCUCACCCUCUUCCCCCUAGCCUAUGCCUUCGCACCCUAUAUCGCCCUCGCGCCCUCCAGCACCCCGCCCCCGGGCCAGGCCAACGGCUCAUGGGUCUGGUUCUCCAUCAUCGUCGUGCUCUUCCUGCAGGUCACCGCGCGGACCUUCACCCUGCCCACGUCCAUCAUCCUGCUAAACAACUGCUCCCCGCACCCCUCCGUCCUCGGCACCAUCCACGGCAUCGGCCAAUCCGUCUCGUCGGCGUUCCGUACCGUGGGUCCCAUCUUCUCGGGCUCGUGGUACGGCUACGGUCUGGAUAUCGGGAUGGUGGGUUUCGCGUGGUGGUUGAUCGCUUUGGUUUCGGUGUUUGGAUGUGUCGCGGCUAUUUUUGUUUAUGAGGGCUCGGGGCAUGAGAUUCUUCUUCCUGGUGAAGAGGAGUAUCGGGAUUGA